GGUGACAAGCAGCUGUCAUGAUCUCUACGGCACCUCUGUACAGCGGGGUGCACAACUGGACGAGCGCGGAGCGCAUUCGCAUGUGCGGCCUCAACGAGGAGAGGAGAGCCCCACUUUCUGAUGAAGAGUCUAAAACAAGCAGCUCCCAGCACUUGGGCUCUCAAGAGUUCUGCGUCAGCAGCAGCCUUUCCAAGGUGGAGCUCACGGCAGUCAGCAGUGGUGGCAGCAGUGCCCAGGGGCUGGAUGCAGACGGCAAGGUGGAGGAAAAGCUCGGUCCCCAACUGGAAGAGCAGCUGCCUGAUCCUAACCCAAGUCCAGACUGUGCGGGAAAGACUGUGAAAGACGAUGACACCCUGGGCCCUCUGGCAAGCCAGGGGGAUGGCAGAGGGCAAGAGGCAGCAAUCCCCAGCGCUGCAGAGCAGGAGGGCACUGGUGCCCACGCUGCCCCGGCGCCUGCAGAUGCCCCCAGCGACAAGCAGGCCGCUGUUCCUCCAGCCUGCUCGGCAGCCCCAGGGAGCGAGCUGGCUGCGAAGGAGAAAAGCACCCCAAGCACUGGAGCACAAGGGCUGGGGGUGCUGGCGGAGGGGACGUUAUCUGUGGUUGCUUCCAGCUGCAACACCUCGGCCUCCAGCCCGGCCACCUUCACGUUGAGUAGAGUGUGCUUUCCCACGUCUCAGGCCCCUGCUAUGCAAAAAAUGCCCCUGUCCUUUCAACCUGGGGCAGUUUUGAGCCCAAGCCAGCCACUCGUGUACAUCCCUCCGCCCAGCUGUGGGCAGCCGCUCAGCGUGGCCACGCUCCCAAGUACCUUGGGGGUCUCCUCCACGCUCACCCUCCCUGUCCUGCCUUCCUAUUUACAUGACCGUUGCCUGCCAGGAAUUAUUGCUUCUCCAGAGCUGCGCUCCUAYCCCUACACCUUCUCUGUGACCAGACCUUUGACUUCAGAUGCCAAAGUGGUGUCUGUCGAGGUGAGUCAGCUCAGCUGCUCUUCACCUUCGAGUGGAAGUGUUGCCCAAACUGUGGCCGAGGCUGCUCCCGCAUCCACAGCUGGCUCUUCCGUCUCAUCCAGCCAGCCUCCGGUGGCAGCAUCGUGUGCGAGCAGUGCUCCUUCGUCGGGYACUGGUACCCACGCCAGAGCUCCGGGUGCUCCUGAGCCCCAGGUGCAGGGGACUGCCACUUCGCUUUCUCCUCUGAAGUCCCCUCCGCAGCUGGAGCGUGAGAUGGUCUCCUCUCCGGAGUGCAGCGAGAUGCCUCUCGAUCUCUCCUCCAAGUCCAAUCGCCAGAAGCUGCCUCCGCCCAGUCAACGCAAGACGCCUCCGAUGCCCAUCCUCACACCCGUGCACACCAGCAGCAAGGCGCUGCUCACCACGGUGCUGUCCAAGUCCCAGCGUGCUGCCCAGAGCACCGGCAGCAACGUCACCUCGUGCCUGGGCACCACCCCGCCCUUCGUCAUCUUCCCCGAGUUCCUGCGUAACGGGGAGCAGGGCUCCUGGGUGAAAAACACCACGCUCAUCAGCACCAUCCCUGGCACCUACGUGGGGGUGGCCAACCCUGUGCCCGCCUCGCUGCUGCUCAGCAAGGAUCCUGGCGUCACCUUCAGCAGGGACCCUCGCCACCUGCCCAAGCAGGAGCCUAUUUCCAUUGUCGAUCAGGGAGAGCCUCGAAAUGCUGGGAAUCCCUGCGGGAAGAAAGCCGGCCAGGGCAGUGCGGAGGGACAGCAGGAUCCUGCUAAGAGGCUUGUCCAUGGCAGAGUUGCUUCAGGAGCUCCUUUGUGCCCAUCCAAGGAUAUCUCUACUUGGAAUCCUGGCCAGGGGAGUGUUUACCCCCGUUGCCCAGUAAAUGGGAAACCUUCCAAUCCUCAGCUUCUGCCCUUGGGCUGGUCUCCUUAUCAAACCCCUCUGCUUUCGAUCGGCAUCUCCACCGUGGGGCAGCUGCCCCCAAACCAGGGCAGCGCCUGCAAGCCCUCUGGGCCGGGGGAGCCCCCGACCGUGCCUAGCGUGCAGCCUGCCGAGUCUGGCACGGCAGCCCAGAGCGCCCCCGAGGGACUGCCCAGGCUCCCAGCUCCCGAAGCUGCCUCYAAGAGCAAGAACUGCCGCAAUGUGCCCAAAGUCUACGAGGAGGCUGCCAACCCAGCCCCGCUGAACGCGGCUGCAGCCCUUCAGACCAGUCCCGCGGACGUGAAAGCAGGGAAGGGGAAGCCAGAAAACCCUCAGAAGAGUCAAGAGGGUGGCGAACCAGAGGCUGACCCCAGCAAGGAGAGCAACGUACAGACUGAGGCUCCCCCGGGGAGCUGUAGCCUCAAACAGCCGGAUGCAAAGCCUAAAAACCAGGUGCUGGCCGCCUAUUUGUCGCACGAGCCGCCCGCAGCAGGGCAGCAGCAGAGCCAGCGAACAAUUUCGGAGGGGCCUGGCGCUCCCACGGAGGGGCAGCGCAAGGAAGGCGGCUGCGAGGGCUCCCAGGAGCAGCCRGCUGCGGAGCCGCCGCCGUGCAUGCGGCAGGUGGAUCUAUGCAGGGUCAAGAAGGAGCGAGUGGAGUGCGACAUGUCCUUCGCUCCUGCGGCCUGCCUGCGAGCUGGGGCUGCUGCCCAGGCCUUUCCUGAGGUCCAGCUCAAGGCUGCAGGCCAAAUCAAGCAGGAGGGCAGCGCGCGCUGCAAGGCCAAGCGGCAGCACGAUGGGGAUAUCAAGCAGCCUCACAAGAGACUGAAAUGCAAAGCCCAGGACAGUGAGGAGGCCGCGAGCAGAUCAGGGAGCCGGAACGUGCACGGCAGGAAGUGGCGAAAACACCACGAUGACCUGCAUGAAAUUAGCCAGCGAGAAAGCCGGGCUGGCCUGGGAUCAGUAAAAGACCACAACAGCCUCAGACUGAAGCGUAAGCGCAGGCGGCCRUCCAAGACAGACUUCCCAUCACCAGCACAUCGCGGGGACAGCCACGAGGAAGGUUGCCUUGAGAAGAAGCCCAAGAACAACUUCCGUGAUUUCAUUCCAGUGGUGCUGAGCAGCCGGACGCGGAGUCAGUCAGGAAGCGUUGCUGGCUCCUCUGCUGGCUUGACAGGGGAGUGUGAUGUGACUGGUCAGGAGAUUUUACCAUUGGAAGAGGAUCAGGAAGAAGAAGAGGAGGAGGAGGAAGAAGAAGAGGAGGAGGAGGAGGAGGAAGAAGAAGAGGAGGACGAGGAGGAGGAGGAGGACGAGGAAGAUAGGUCCUUGAAAUGCCGCAAGCUGCGGAAAUCCCACAGGACGUCGCGCUGCCACAGUCGCAGGGCCAGGGACAGGUCUGUGUCAGAGAGGAGCAGCUGCCACUUGCGGAGGGCCCGUGACCAGCCCUGGAGAGUGGAAGCACCCAGGCAACUGUGGGAGCCCAAUGAGGAGGAAGAGGGCGACRGCUACAUCAGAAGAAAGAAAAGGAGACGGCAGAAAAGUCGGAAAUACCAGACCGGGGAAUAUCUGACCGAGCGAGAGGAGGAACAAGUGGGCUACCCCCACAGGAGGCGAAAAUCCAAAGCAGAUUGUAGGUACAGGAAGCAGAAGGAGUCUGGGCAGGGCAAAGGCGCGGAGCUACGGCUGAGAAGCCGGCUUUCCCCGUCUCCCCACAAGUCUCAAGGACGCCCAGACUUCCGAAAUGGCUUUUAUCUGGAGCACUCGGGCGGCUCUCCCAUCCAAGAAGAGCUGGAGAAGCCAUCAGGAAAGCGCAAAUGCAAAACCAAACACCUGGCAGGGAUCUGUGACGAGGGCAAGAUGAAAGGAUGUUAUAAUCAGCCCAAAACGCGUUCUCCGAAGAAGCCUCAGGACUUGUGGCCACUGUGCAAGUCUCGUCAGGUGAGCCCAGAGACCUCCCCCGAGUUGCCCGUGGCCCAACACAUUCCUCCUGAAGCUCGGCGGCUGAUUGUGAACAAAAAUGCCGGGGAGACCCUUCUGCAGCGAGCCGCCCGCCUGGGCUACAAGGACGUAGUGCUCUACUGCCUGCAGAAGAAGAGCAGUGACGUGAACCACCGUGACAACGCUGGCUACACGGCUCUGCACGAAGCCUGUGCGCGAGGCUGGAUCGAUAUCCUGCAUAUUCUGCUGGAGCACGGCGCCAACGUGAACUGCAGUGCACAGGAUGGCACAAGGCCUGUCCAUGAUGCAGUAGCGAAUGACAACCUGGAAACCAUGUGGCUCCUACUCUCCUAUGGUGCUGAUCCUACUCUGGCCACGUACUCCGGACAGACAGCCGUGAAACUUGCUACCAGCGAAGUGAUGAAGCGCUUCCUCUGCGAUUACCUUUCGGAUCUCCAGGGCCGUACAGAUGGGGAUCCUCGAACAGCAUGGGACUUCUACAGCAGCUCUGUGCUAGAGGGGAAGGAUGGCUUUGGAUGUGAUCUCCUGCUCAAUCCUCCAGGAAGUUCAGAUCAGGAGGAAGAUGAGCAAGAAUCGGACAACUUCAUGUUUGAGUUCUCGGACAAGCCACUACUUCCCAGCUAUAACCUCCAAGUGUCAGUCUCUCGGGGGCCCUGCAACUGGUUCCUCUUCUGCGACGUUCUCAAGCGCCUGAAGCUCUCGUCCCGCAUCUUCCAGGCCCGCUUCCCCCACUUCGAGGUGGCCACGCUGCCCAAGGCCGAGUUCCAGCGCCAGGUGGCCCUCAGCCAGGUGCUGGCUCCGGCCGAGGUGCCCGAGAGCCCCGAGCUGGCGCCGGGCGCCGCAGAGACAGUGGAGCUGGUGCGCUACGAGCCCGAGCUGCUGCAGCUGCUGGGCUCYGCCGUGGAGUACGAGGCCUGGAGCAGCUGA